CGGUCGAGCGGUGUAAACUCAGGAUCUAUUUCCUGUACGUUACACGCGCGUAAGCAGGUUAAUCCAAAUAAAAGCUUAAUAUAGUCGAUAUCUAAAAAAUAAUAAGUCGCAAUGGAAACAAUUUUAGAGCAACAGCGUCGAUACCAUGAGGAGAAAGAAAGACUUAUGGAUGCCCAAACCAAGGAGAUGCUCACAAAGAAAACCACGCUGAGAGACCAGAUUAACUCUGAUCAUCGAGUCAGAGCGAUGCUUGACAGGUACAUGGAAGUGAGUGCAAACCUCAGAGAUUUAUAUGAAGACAAAGAUGGAAUGAGAAAGGAUGAGCUGAAUGCAAUAUCGGGACCAAACGAGUUUGCUGAGUUUUACAACCGCCUUAAACACAUCAAGGAGUUUCACAGAAAACAUCCCAAUGAGAUAUGUGUGCCCAUGUCGGUGGAGUUUGAGGAGCUCAUGAAAGCCAAAGACAACCCCAGUGAGGAGGCACAAAACAUGGUAGAGUUUACAGAUGAAGAGGGUUAUGGACGCUACCUUGAUCUCCAUGAUUGUUACCUAAAGUACAUUAAUCUAAAAGGAGUUGAGAAACUGGAAUACGUCACAUAUCUGUCAACAUUCGAUCAACUGUUUGACAUUUCUAAAGACAGGAAAAACGCGGAGUAUAAGAGGUAUCUGGAGAUGUUGUUGGAGUACCUGCAAGAAUACACCGACCGUGUGAAGCCCCUGUUGGAUCAGAAUGAGCUGUAUGGAAAGAUCCUGAUUGAAUUCGAGAAGAAAUGGGAAAGUGGAGCAUUCCCAGGCUGGCCGAGGGAGGCAAGCAGUGCUCUGACCCACGCUGGAGCUCAUCUGGAUCUGUCUGCCUUCUCUUCAUGGGAGGAGCUGGCAUCUUUGGGUUUGGACAGAUUGAAGUCUGCUCUGAUGGCUUUGGGCCUUAAAUGUGGAGGCACACUAGAGGAGAGGGCACAGCGUCUCUUCAGUACUAAGGGAAAAUCUCUGGAGUCUUUAGACCCCUCUCUCUUUGCCAAAAACCCCAAAGCCAAGGGACCAAAGAAAGACUCGGAGCGCAACAAGGAAGUAGCUUUUCUGGAAGCCCAGAUAUAUGAAUACGUGGAAAUGUUAGGGGAGCAGAGACAGUUGUCCCAUGAGAAUGUUCAGAGGAAACAAGCACGUACAGGAGAGGAGCGUGAUGAAGAGGAUGAAGAACAGCCCAGCGAGAGUGAGAGUGAAGAUGAAGACAAUGAAAUUAUAUACAACCCUAAAAAUCUGCCACUUGGCUGGGAUGGGAAGCCGAUUCCAUACUGGCUAUACAAGUUGCACGGUCUAAACAUCAAUUACAACUGUGAGAUCUGUGGAAAUUACACAUACAGAGGACCCAAAGCUUUCCAGAGACAUUUUGCAGAAUGGCGGCACGCUCAUGGCAUGCGCUGUUUGGGUAUUCCUAACACUGCCCACUUUGCCAACGUCACCCAGAUUGAAGAUGCAGUAUCCCUCUGGUCAAAGCUGAAGUCACAGAAAUCACUGGAGAGGUGGCAGCCUGACACAGAGGAAGAAUAUGAAGACUCCAGUGGAAAUGUGGUCAACAAGAAGACGUAUGAAGAUCUGAAAAGACAAGGGCUGCUGUAGGGCCUUAUCGCUCAAACCUUAACAUUUGAUAUUGUUGCGUUGUGAAUACUGGAGCAUGAACAUUUCAUCUCCUCUUUCAGAGGAAUGUCAUGUGUUAUGAACGAUUUGUAUGAUUUUAUUAUUUUCCAUUCAAUUUAUUGUUUUUCCCUUCUCCUCAAAUAUGAGACACAUUUGUUAUUAAUCAAUAAAUUUUUGUACAUUCUGCCAAAAAUAUGUUUUACAGACAAAUGUUUUUAACUGGAUGACGUCUUUUUGGAAACCUGCUGGGCAAUAUUAGGCCUGAUUUCACAGGCUAGUAUUAAGCCAGUAUUAUUUUUAUUAAGAACAUAUUAGGAAAUUUAAGUAGCUUAGACAAAAGUGACAUUACUGGUGUGCAUCUGGAGACAAAGUAAUGAGGCUGAUAUAUUUUAUGUAAGUUUUCAGUUAAAAAACAGCUUAAAAAUGAUUUUUAGUCUCUGAAUAGAUGUAAGCCUUGUCUGCAAAACCUGUCCUUACAGGUUUAAACCAGCAAAGUUUAGGGUGUCACUUGGGACAGCCAUUUAAAUAUAGGACAUAGAAAGACUCGAUUAACAACCCACCCAAGCACCUUACUGCUUUAUACCCACAGUUAAGUCCUCCCAUUAUCAAAUAGACAAUUCACACCCCUCAACUUUAAUUAAAAUAAGAGGUUAGGAAGUAGUUCACCAGCACCACCUUCAGGAAGGUCACGAGCUGUGAUGUUGCCAGGCGAUGUUAUUUUUAGUGAGUUGAAAAAUUACAUUUCUCUUAAAUUAGUUGUUAAUAUUAUAGUUUGUUACAUGACUUGAGUUGUAUGAGUGCAAGUGAUGUAAAAACUUUACAGUGAUGCUAUAGAGCAGUGGUUCUCAAACUGGGGUCCGAUGGUGCCAGGGGGGCCCCAGUUUUAUGACAUUUUAUAAAAUACAUUCAUUUAUCAUCAAUUCUGUGUAAUUAAACCUAAAAAAUAAGGCUACUAACUAACAGCACUACUCUGUAUAACUUAAUAUGUUUUGUUUAAUUAAAAUGUUAAAUUUUAGAACAGUUUUUUAAAUUCAUAAAUUUUCUUUGGGGGGGGGCAUGCGGAAAAAGUUUGAGAACCACUGCUAUAGAGAAACCAUUUUUUGGUGACCCAAAGAACCAUUCAGUCAAAGGUUCUUAAAGAAUCAUUUUGUUUUUACAUUUCAAUCCGAACAAUUUUUUCAAUCACAAUAUUUAUAGGCUUCUAACAAGUUAAAGAGUGUCAAGGUUUUCAAUUAGGUCUCUGCCUGAGAUAACAUUGGUUAAAUAGUGCUGGUCAAAUAAAGAUAGUCUGAGCACCAAGACACAAAUAAUGUUU